AACAAGAAAAGAAAAGUAGACAAAGAAAAAAAAAACUCGUGACAAUAGUCAAUAUUACAACCAACACAAGAAACAAAAAAAAAUGGCUGCAAAAGCCACAAUCCAAAUCUUCACGGACGUCAAUCAUCUCCGAUACUUGGCUCUCUUCUUCCUCCUCUCGUGCCACUUAGCAUCCGGCGCCGGAGGAUCAUGGAAGCUUCUCUUAUCAAACGUCGGAAUCUCAGCAAUGCACUCUCAGCUCCUCCACAACGACCGUGUCAUAAUGUACGACCGAACCAACUUUGGUCCUUCCAACAUCUCUCUCCCUAACGGAGCCUGCCGAAACAGCCCAAACGACAUCGUCUCAAAAACCGACUGCACAGCGCACUCGGUCGAGUACGACGUCGCCUUGAAUAGUAUCCGUCCCUUAACCGUCCAGUCCAACACUUGGUGCUCCUCAGGCGGAGUCACACCCGACGGCACUCUCCUCCAAACCGGAGGAGACAGAGACGGAGAACGUAAGACUAGAUUAUUCGCUCCUUGCGACGACGGUUCUUGUGACUGGACAGAAAUCGACAAAGGACUCAAUGCAAGAAGAUGGUACGCGUCGAACCAUGUCCUCCCAGACGGUCGUCAGAUCAUAGUCGGAGGUCAAGGUCAGUUCAAUUUCGAGUUUUUCCCAAAAACAAACGCUCCAAAUCUCUACAGCUUACCGUUUUUGUCCCAAACCAAUGACCGUGGAGAAGAAAACAAUCUUUACCCUUACGUGUUCCUCAACACCGAUGGUAACUUGUUUAUAUUCGCUAACAACAGAGCUAUAUUGCUCAAUUACGCCACAAACACUGUCGUCAAAACUUAUCCGGAGAUCCCUGAAGGCGAUCCGAGAAGCUAUCCGAGCACUGGCUCAGCCGUUCUCUUGCCGAUCAAGAACCUUGUGUUAGAGGUUCUAGUGUGCGGAGGUGCACCGAAAGGAUCGUACAACCUCUCUUUUAGGAAGAAGACCUUUGUGAAAGCACUAGACACGUGUGCGAGAAUCAACAUCAACGACGCGAAUCCUCAGUGGCUCGUUGAGAAGAUGCCGAGAGCGAGAGUUAUGGGAGACAUGACGCUUUUACCUGACGGACAUGUUCUGUUAAUUAACGGUGGUUCUUCAGGUACAGCUGCUUGGGAGCUUGGCCGUGAACCGGCUUUUAAUCCUGAUUUAUAUCAUCCCGAUAAACCGGUCGGUUCAAGAUUCGAAGUUCAGAACGCAAACGCUAUCCCACGAAUGUACCAUUCAAUCGCGACGUUGCUUCGUGAUGGGAGAGUACUCGUGGGAGGAAGCAACCCACACGCGUUUUACAAUUUCACCGGUGUGCUUUUCCCAACGGAGCUGUCUUUAGAAGCCUUUUCGCCGUCGUAUUUGGAGUCUCAAUACUCGAGUCUUCGUCCGAGGAUCAUCGAUCCUAUGCCACAAACAACGAUCAAUUACAGUAGAAUCUUGAGGCUGAGGUUUACCGUAAGCGGGAGAGUGAAAAGUCCGGUUAAAGUCACGAUGGUGUAUCCUUCGUUUACAACACAUUCCUUCUCGAUGAAUCAGAGGCUUUUGGUUCUUGAUCAUGUCUUCUCCUUCCGGAGAGGGUUCAGGACUUACGAGGUUAUAGUUAGGACUCCAAGCUCUGCGGAGCUUGCACCGCCCGGUUACUACAUGGUUUUCGUGGUGAACCAAGAUAUUCCGAGUGAAGGUGUUUGGCUACGUUUACAGUGAAACUGAUCCUCUCAUCAUCAUUGGUCAUUCAACUCAUUAUAUGUGUGAUUUUUAUUAAACCUACAAAAUUUGGGUGAUUUUUUCUUCUUUUACAAUAUUAUUUAAGACAGUUUUAUGUAUAUGUUUCAUGGAGUCGUAUGUUAUCAUAAUUAAUCAAUUACAAUGAUAUGCUGUCAAAAAAAAAAGGAAAAAGGAAUCAGAUACUUUGUUAUAUCUUUGA